GUCAUCCCUAUUUGGAUCUUGAACCUCCUGGACCGAGCUCCAAUCACCUCACCUCGUCUCAUCAAUAUCUACCUAUGCAAUUGUCUGUCUGUAUUAACUCUCUCUUAGUUUGCAUACCUAGCGAAAAAAAAGAAAAGAAAAGAAAAGAAAAAACAGCAUUGAGUCAGUCAAUCACUAAGCUUGCUGUCUUUUUCUUCGAUUUCUGCUUGGCAUUAGCUACCUACGACCUAUGACUUGAAAGCUACUCGCUGUCCUGUCUUGCGCAACCCACCAAAGCAACUAUCCUGUUGCCUGAACACGUCGCUGCCGCCCGAUCAACUAUUUUUUUUUUUAGGGGGCCCAGGCAUAUCUUCAGCUUCGAUCAUAUCUAGCGGAACGCUUUCACGUCGUCGCUUCACCCAAAUAACAACGCAACAGGCGAUUAUCCAUCAUGGCUGCUAACAGUCAGAUGCACAACCUAACUACGCUUAUCAAGAGGCUUGAGGCUGCAACUUCACGCCUCGAGGAUAUCGCUUCUUCAACCGAGCCUCCUGCCGAUGGCGCUGUUCUCAAUCAGGCGAUACCUUCACCUCCGAACCCCUCCUUAGCCGCUCCUCCUCCUCUAGCUGCUCCCGAUUCCAAGGCCACUACUCCCGCUGCCGCGAAGCCCGAACCUGCCGCUGAGCCGCUGCCUGAAUCUAUCGAGGAAUUCGAUGCUUUCCUGAACACUUCCGUCGACAAAUAUGUGAAGCUGAGCCAUCAGCUUGGAGGAUUGGUCGCUGAGCAGGCUUCGCUCGUCAAGUCUGGCUUCCAGGAGCAGCGCAAAUUUCUCUUGAUUUCCACAAAGGCAAAGAAGCCCAACCUCUCCGGGCCUGAUCUACCAGUAUAUGAGAGCCUUAUCAAACCCAUCAACGAGGCACUCAUGGCUGUUACCGAGCUCAAAGACGCCAACCGCCCUAGCCCCAUGUACACGCAACUCAGCACUGUCUCCGAUGGUAUCAUGGUUCUCGCAUGGGUUACCAUUGACACUCGCCCCUAUAAGCACGUGGACGAGUGCCUUGGCUCGGCUCAAUUCUUCGGUAACAGAGUUCUGAAGGAGCAGAAGGAUAAGGAUCCCAAGCAGAUCGAAUGGGUUCAGAGCUUCUAUCAGAUGUUCCGCGAUCUUGCCGACUAUGUCAAGCAAUACUUCCCAACGGGUAUUCCAUGGAACCCCAAUGGCCAGCCUGCUCAGGAAGUUCUUAAGUCAUUGUCUGCUGGUUCUGCGCCGGCUUCCGCCCCCCCUGCCCCGGCACCUGCUGCUGGUGAGCUUAACAAGGGCGAUGCUGUUACCAAGGGUCUGCGUAAAGUCGACAAGUCCGAAAUGACGCACAAGAACCCUUCUCUUCGCAGUGGCUCAACGGUUUCAAGUGGCCAGAGGGGUAAGAGCCCUGCUCCUGGCAAGAAGCCUAAGCCCGAGAGUAUGCGUAUCAAGAAGCCAGCCAAGAAGGAACUCGAGGGCAACAAGUGGACUAUUGAAAACUACGAGAAGGAGGCCGAGCCAAUUGAGAUUGAGGCUUCACUUACACAUUCGGUUCUCAUCAGCCGUUGCAACAACACCACUAUCAUUGUCAGGGGCAAGGCCAACCAGGUCACUGUUGAGAAUUCCACUCGCCUGUCCUUGAUCGUUGAUACCCUUGUUUCGACAGUCGAUGUUGUCAAAGCCAACAACUUUGCUCUUCAGGUCAUGGGCACUAUCCCAACCGUCAUGCUGGAUCAGGUUGACAGUGCCCAGAUCUACUUCAGCAAAGAGAGCAUAGGAACCAAAGUUUUCACUAGCAAAUCAGCGGGCGUCAACCUCAACGUUAUUUCUGGCGAAGAUGAUGACUACAAGGAGGUGCCUCUGCCUUCGCAAAUCUGCUCUUAUUACGACGAGUCUAAGGGAGACUUGGUCAACGAAAUUGUGGCCCAUGCCGGCUAAAGCAGGUGGUAUAUACCUUGGAUCCGCAUAUGUAGGAGUAGGAUAGGAUAUCGAGACAGAUCUUUCUGUCGUGUAGCUAUUUGGGCCCGCAUCACAUGUAUCUAGACGUGUAAUGGCAACACUGGGGGUGGCGGGCGCCUCUUUUUAGAAUUUUGGAACUUUUA